UCUUAAAUGAGUGACACGAAAAAAUUGUAAAUUACUGAAAUUAAACUUUAGUUUACUGAACGGCGAUUUCUUUCAAUCAUGAAGGUUCUAAUUUUUUUGGUCAUCGGAUUUCUGUGUUUAUCAGUCUCAGUUGCAGAUUUACAACACCCUGAUUCAUUCAUUUUGCUUCCUGCUAAUCCAUCGGAGUUAACACAGUGUGCUCCAGUUCUACAGUAUCUGUCGCAAUCACAGCUCCAGUAUAUGAAGGAUGUUCAAGAUCGAUUGAAACAGCAGCGUUCGUCGAUGCAACAAAGUCAGGCUGUAUUGACAUUGAUAGCACAAAAACUCAAAAAUCCUGAAAUCUCGGCUCAAUUACAAAAAAAUCCGAAGCAAGCCAGUCAAAUCUUCGCACAGAUAAAGAAAGAAGCCGAGCAAGAACUGCAGAAUAGAUCCAGGUUGGCACAAAUAAGGGAGAAUAUGCCAGAAGACGAAUUGACAGAUAUUUUUUCAAAUUGUUGAAAUUAAAU